GGUAAAGGUAAUUUCCCCGUUCCAUCAUCGAAUUUUUAUGUUAAUUAUAUUUUUUCGCGCGGAAUCAGGUUCUUAUAAUAUACCUACUGACCGUACAAUUUAAAUUCAAAUAAGAUAAGAAGUUCACAAGAGUGCAACCAAAUUGAAUGAAACAUUCGACGAUGAAAUGAAAACACUACGAUAUGAUUCCGUUUAGAAAAUUCGUACUGGCGAGUUUAGUUUAUUUUAUUUUAGUGUCUAGUGGUGCAUAUUCCGAUUGUGUACGAAAUGGCAACUCGUUAGUGUGUAAUAAUCUCGGACAAAUAUCCGGUAGAAUAUUCGACGAUUCCUACAGAAACAUAACGGAUAUAAAGGUAGAUAACAAGAAUGAACACACCGAUUUACUCAACAAUGCUUUUAUUAAAAUGCCGCAUUUAACCAAAAUAAGCGUAGUAAACAGUAGGAUUGAUUCAAUUUACUCAACAUCAAUACAAAAUUUAACAAACUUGAAACAAUUAUGGUUCUCGCGCGAUGGUAUAACCAAAAUACACCAAUCAGCAUUCACCAAUUUACCAUCUCUAGAGAAGAUUUACCUCAGCCACAACGAGCUAAAAUCGAUCACCAAAGGCAUAUUGAGUAACACAACAGCACUCAAAUCAAUCAUACUCUCCCACAAUAAAAUCAGCACAAUCGAAAACGAAGCGUUCUUCGAUUUACCCAACUUGAAGAUGCUAGCGCUCGACCACAACGAGCUAAGCACGGUUUUCGUGCACAAAUUAGUCUCGCAUCCCGGUGUACUGGAGCUGCUAUGGCUGCACAACAACUCCCUUACGCUCCUCACCAACUACAUGCUGGAGAAGCUGGGCAACCUGCAGACUCUGAACGCGGGUUUCAACGAAAUAUCCACGGUGGAGGCGAAUUGUUUCCAGCACACGCCGAAUUUGGUUACCCUGGUGUUGACUCACAACCGCUUGAAGGAGCUCGACGGGGAGGUGUUUCCCCGGAGCGGGAUGCAACUGCUGAGGAACCUCUACUUGGAUAACAACCUGCUGAUGUAUUUGAGCUCGACGUUUUUUAUUAGAGCGGGCGGGUUGAAGAGGGCGACGCUGAUGGGCAACCCGUGGCACUGCGGGUGCUUGGAGGAAAUCUACAGGGUUUUCCGGGAGAAUGGUAUCGAGGAAAAGUGCCAGGGUAUUUUCAUCGAUAACCAACGGCCGAUUUGCGUCGGAGGGGACGUUGUAAAUAAACAUUGUAGUCAUGUGUACAGCAGGGAGUUGAGUGAAAAAUAUAUGAACUACAUGAAACGAUUUCCUGUGCCUUACGUAAGAGGUUUUAGAUGUGUUCUGUGAUUGCCUAGAAGUAAUGCGAAAAUUGAAAUGUAUUUGUUCUAAAUUUAUUCCAUUACACUAUACAAUUUGUACAAAUUCAUAAGUACUAGUACUUUCCAAAAAAAUUGUAAGAUAAGUAACUUUUUCUAGUAAAUUAGGAUGGUCGAAAAAGGAAAAAAACAAAGAAAAAAUUAAUAACAAAUAUCAAUGAUUGUAUCUUAUUAUUAAACGUG